CAUGAAGCUGCUUCUGUGUGUGGAGCGACAGAUCAGAGCCUGAAACUCUGAGGGACUUUUGGACAGGACUCUGGAUUAAAUGCUGGUUUCUGGGCAGUUCACGUGCAGGUGACUGGUUGGUUUUGGACAUGGUGGACCUGACCAGGGACCAGACCUUCGUCCUCCUCUUCCUCUGGAGCCGAACGCCGCGGUCAUGAGACUGAGGAGGCCUGUGAGUCUGCUGCAGAUGAUGAUCGUGGUCCUGCUGGACGGGGUUUGGACGCUGUCGGCUCCUGACGCAGUCUCCAUGGACUCCACAGACAUGAGACACACCCUGAGGUGGCGCCCCCUGCAGGAUUCAUGCAACACCUCAAUUCUCUACUCUGUCCAGUUCCAGGGGGAGUUUGAGGUGACGGUGCUGGACGGCAGCUGGGUGGAUGCUCCUGAGUGCCAUCUGAUUCAGCACACACACUGCGACCUGACCCUUGACCUGGGCUCCGACUCCGACUACAACGUCCACGUCAGAGGUCAGUGCGGGUCGCAGCCCUCAGCCUGGGCGGAGCUCCGCCGACCCUUCAACCGCAGAGACACCGUCCUGACGGUUCCAGAGAUGAAGGUGUCGGCAGCGGUCCAGGGUCUUCACGUGGUUUUUGAGAAGCUUCCUCUCACUGCCCUUGUCAUGGUGACGGUGUGGAGAACAGGCGACGAGCUGAAGGCUCAAGCCUACUCCGUGACAGCUGAGGAGGCAGAGCUGGAGGUCGCCGCCCUGCAGGAGGGAGAGAGGUACUGCGUCCGGGCGCAGAGCUUCAUGGGAACACAGCUCCAGAGCAGCAGCACUGACACCCAGUGUGUGUCAAUCACAGGUCCAGACGCCGCGUGGAGGAGUCCGACCACCGUGACCGUGACCGUCAUCAUCAUGGCCGGCCUCCUGUUCGCUGUGUUCUGGUUCAUCGUUCACUGGCGUCCAAACAUCUGCCAGACGUGUUUCCAUAAAGAGCCACUGCCCGACUCACUGGUCAGUUCAAAGUCUCUGAAAUACGUGAACCAUCGAAACCAUGAUUUUACUUUUAUUACACCUUGA